UUUUAAAACACGUGCGCUCUGUGUGUCUUUUAUUCACUGCUUUGGAGCGUAGGUAAAUACAGGCAGGUUUCUUACUUUGCUAAGUCCGACAGUUCCUACUGUCCGAUAUUUUUUAUUAUUUUAAGGUUGAUGCCUCUACAGCAAACUAUACAGUGUGGAAAAAAAUUAUGGGCCCUGGAGGGAAAGUGUUUUAAAAUAUUAAGUUUGCUCAUUUUACUAAAAGGAAUCAUUCUAAUAUUUUUAAAAAGAAACAUUUUUUUUAUUCCGCUAGUCGAUCAUUACACAUAAUGUUGAUGUUAUUUUUUUUCCAAGCAACACUCAAGUCAUACACCCGUCUAGCUGUCAUACCUACAACAUAUCCAUAAAAUCGAAUAUUUAUUCCAAAAAAUCUGAAUACAGUUUGUUUCUUCUUAAAAAAAUAGUGUUUCAUUUGAGUAAAAUGAGUUAGCUUAAGGUUUUAAGGCACUUUCCCUCCAAGGAUUGAUUUAAUCAACCCUGUAGAUAUGUGUUCAAACAUACCUACUUACAGCAUCUAUCAAUCUGGCAAAUUAAGGGGGUUUUGGCAACUAACUUGUUUUAAGACAGAAAUAAUUUGAUAACCAUACAUGUGCUAACGUGGAGCACAUUCUAAAGAUUUUAUGCAUAAGAUAUUGAUAUAUGCAUUUUAUAUACAUGUGCUCAAUAAAGAUACUUUAUUACUACUAAGAGGUUAUAAUAUUUUUAUUACUAUAAACUGUCACGUCUAAUAUUGAUAUAUUUUUUGUCCUAAAAUAUUUUGCUACAUCACUUUAGUAUUCGUGUCCCGAGUUAGCACACGCAUAAGAUAUGAGCACUAUAAAAAUCACUAACGUUUAUUCCAGCCAUUAUUUUCACUGUGUGUUGGAAAAUGUUGACUUGAUAAUAUUGCCAUGCCUGUAGCCAAUAAUGAUAAGUGUUUUGUGUGAUGCUCAGAGCACAAUCAGUGGGUCGGUGCGACGCAUCUGAGGCCUUACUACCCCGAAUCCUCCCGGUCGCAUCUCCCCCGGGGUGAUAAUCCGCGCACGCGACGCAAGCUCCGCCCGAGGGCGUGGCCGAGGACUUCCGCAGCACUCCCCCGCACAUCCCCCGCCCUCCGUCUCCGACGACCGGACGAGGCGCCUCGCUAUUAUCCCGGCUUCCUGUCCGCGAACGCUCGCUUGCACCUCCGAUAUAUUGAUUUGUUUAUUUUUUUUCCCGCGCAAACAACGACAAAUAAGACGGACGUAGCACUUCCGAGUGGCCUCCCGUGACGGUAAAAUCGGACGCUGGCGCGGCCGCCGGCCGCGACGCCGCGAGAUGGACCGUGUGCAGAGUGCUAAGCCUUCACCUAGUGCCAAAGAUGGAGCUAUCAAUUAAGUAAAGGGUGGACUUCCGCGGACUGAAGUGCGCCACAGCCACGGCACUCAGAGCAGGAAUCAAAGCUGCAAUGUACGAAAGCAGUUGUUCUUACGCCGGGGCCUUGGAACUAAAACGUAGUGCACUUAAAGAGGAACCCUGGCCAACCACAGAAUGGCCCCCAUACCGGCUUCACCAAUCAACUUUCGAGCAGCUGAAACAGAGCGUCGAAAAGGCCAAAGCGGCUCUUCAAGACCGCUCCGGACUGCUGGGCACGGCGACGGCGUUCGGUGACUUCUACGGUGGGCAGCUGGGCCAAGACGCCACCAGCACCGCCCUUGGCUUCGGCAGGACCUCGCGGACAGAGGACUCUAUGCUAGGCGCUAUAGAUAAAAGCAAAGCUCUAGGAUCAGACAAACUGACCACCGGUCUUGGAAAGGGCUACUCCACGCCGACGCUGUCCGAUUCUCUUCGUGCCACCAAAUGUUCAGAUGCCUCAUACAAAAGCACUUGGUCUACACAUGCAUCAUCCCAGGGAUCACAAGGCUAUGGCACCAACUCGUUGUCCGCCAUGUCAAAGUCCUCACUCGACGCGCACACGCAUCUUCGUCAGCCUGAUCCUUAUCAAAUGUUUGGUCCAACGAGUAGUCGUCUGGCGAAUUCAGGGUCAGGUCAAAUACAACUCUGGCAGUUCCUGCUGGAACUUUUGAGUGACUCGAGCAACGCAGGCUGCAUCACCUGGGAAGGCACCAACGGCGAGUUCAAGCUGACCGACCCGGAUGAGGUGGCGCGUCGGUGGGGCGAGCGCAAGUCCAAGCCCAACAUGAACUACGACAAACUGAGCAGGGCCCUCAGAUACUACUAUGACAAGAACAUCAUGACUAAGGUCCAUGGCAAACGCUAUGCCUAUAAAUUCGACUUCCAAGGGCUAGCAGCGGCCACGCAACCGGCGGCGAGCGAUCCGGCAUAUAAAUAUCAAAGCGAUCUUUUCAUGAGCUCUUACCACCACUCGGCAAAGCUCUCGUCGUUUAUGGCUCCCCACGCAGCCAUGCCAACAUCAACAGCGUCGAUUUUCCCGUCGGCGUCGUGGAGCAACUGGGGCGGUGGGGGGAGCAACCUCUACUCCCCCCACUCUAUGGCCCCACCCCACGUGACGUCGCAUCUGGGCUCGUAUCCGCACUACGCAUGACCAGCCAUAUAAUUCGACGAUACACCAAACGACGACUGUAAUAUGGAUAUACUUUUUGUUAAUUAUUAUUUAUAAUUUUUUACGCUUCUCUUGUCUAUGUACCUACGGUUAACUUUUAACUCGUUAUUAGCUAUAUUUUGCCAAACACUUGUUAUAAUGCCCACGAGGACGGUUCUCGGUACACCUGGUCUGUGGUAUUGAUAAGGUUCAGUUGACUGGAAAACAAACAAAAACCAAAGUGAAUGGGUAUUGAAGAGGGUUUCUCAGAGUAGCAACCUUGUGGGGGGGAGGGGAAUUAGCGACAAUGUAACGCUGUUGACUGUGAAGGGUAUUUUGUAUAUUGUAAGAAUUAUAUGUAAAAUAAAUGUGUAUUUAUUCCUUUGACAUAUUGGACUAGGAAAAAAAUACAAAUCGAACCUCGGCUUGUAAAUAAACAAUGUCGAAUCCACAGUCACUUGUUCCAAUUAAUAAUGAAUUCCUACAGCUAUACAACCACCAAGAAUGUAUAAUUAUGUUUUCCGUUAAAAUAAUUUAUGUGGAAGGUCUCUGUAAGUAAUAUAUUUCCAUUGCGUAUACUAAUAACUUUACGAUUAUGCUUCUUACAUUUUUGUUUUUAUGUAAUAUCUAUAUCAAACCGCGUAAAUCAAGUAUCAAGACGAGUAAAGAGACAAAAUGUUAUGGUUGCCAACUUCCCUAGUUAAAUUGUUUUUAUUGUGAGAAAAAAUAAAGAGUGAAUUGUGAAACGCAA